GUUUCGGGGACCUCUUUUAGCGAUGCAACAACGGCACUUCCGGUCCACAUGUAAACGUUACAGCGUGAUUUAAACGUAAAUUAAAGACUCGCUAUCUGUGUACAUUUACUAUAAAACUAUCUGUCAACCAGUAACAGUUGUUUGUCAGAAUGAAGCUGCUCACGCACAACAUGUUGACAUCUCACGUGAAGGGAGUCACCAAAGGAUACCCGCUGCUCAUCAAGGCAACUGAGGUGAAGGUGAAUGAGGUGGACUUCAACCCUCAGUUUGUCAGCCGGAUGAUCCCCAAGCUGGAGUGGAGCGCUCUGGUCCAGGCUGCAGAUGAGUUGGGUCAACGGCAAGACCUGCCGGGUGAGCUGGUGCCAGAAUACGAGAACAACGAAGAAUUCCUGAAGAAAGUGCACAGAGUGCUAUUAGAGGUGGAGGUGAUAGAAGGCUGCCUGCGGUGCCCUGAAUCAGGACGAGAGUUCCCCAUCUCCAGAGGAAUCCCCAACAUGCUGCUGAGCGAGGACGAGGUGUAGAUGGCAGCUUCACGAAGCCAACGGUUCUCACACGCAACCUCACCCCAAGCUGUCACUCAGAUGGGAUUGUGGGUAUUCAGAGAGAAGAGAGAGGCUGGACUUAAGUUGGUGCCAUGAGAACCGCACUUGGUUGAUUGUUGUUGUGACAUUCAAGUGGCUGUUGCUGCCAAUAGAAGAAUAACAGAUGGAAAUGUUCCCAGCGUAACCCCCAGUGGUUUUAUCUGUAUUUAUUUUUGUUACUGUUUGGGUUCACUUUUUUUUUUUCUUUUUCAAUAAAACUGUCCUGAUUUCCACGACAGCCACUAUUGUUUUAGGUUUUUGUGGAAAAUCUGGAUUCACUUAUAUUACAGACAUGGUAACAUAUCUAAAACAUCCGAGGCUCCAUGAGUGAGAGGCAGGCUCUGAACCCCAUCUCGCCCUCUCUCAAGGUUUAAGAAAGUGCUGAGGGCCAGAUGACGUGGCAGUGGCUUGUCUAUAUUUGGCUUUGAGGAAAAGAGGCAGGAAAAAAGAA